AUGUCUUCGGGAAUAGGCCUCUUUGUUCUACCAGAUGACUCCUCCUCCACCUUGCUCAGCAUCCAACUUUUCCUCUUUCUCGCUAUCCUAACCGCUGUUUUCAGAUUCUGGCUAGUCCCGGGUGGUCUUGCAUGGGCUGUUUCCAAAGCAAAAACCGGUGCCCCCAUUCCCGGACCAUCUGGAUUUCCCCUUAUCGGACUCAUUUUCACUUUCAUGAGUUCUUUGACUCAUAGAAAACUUGCAAACCUUUCUCAGACCUUAAAGGCAGUUCCACUAAUGGCCUUUUCGGUUGGGUUCACCCGUUUUGUUAUUUCAAGUGAUCCGGGUUCGGCUAAGGACAUUCUCAGUAGUUCUGCCUUCGCUGAUCGUCCCAUUAAGGAAUCCGCUUACGAGCUCUUGUUUAAUCGGGCAAUGGGAUUUGCUCCCUUUGGAGAAUACUGGAGAGAACUAAGAAGGAUUUCAGCUACUUACAUGUUUAGCCCGAAGAAAAUAGCUUGUGCUGAAGGAUUCCGUAAGAACAUCUGUCAUCAGAUGAUCACACAAGUAAAAACACAAAUGGAUCUAAAAGGGGAUGUUGAGAUCAAGCAAGUUCUUCACUAUGGUUCAUUGAAUAACAUGAUGAUGACUGUUUUUGGAAAGUAUUAUGAUUUUGGUGAAAAUGGGGACGGUUUGGAAUUAGAGGGAUUUGUUAGUGAAGGAUACAAGUUACUAGGGACAUUCAAUUGGAGCGAUCAUUUCCCGAUUCUAGGUUGGCUUGAUGUUCAAGGUGUGAGAAGGAGAAGUAGGAAACUAGUUUCUAAAGUGGAUGGGUUUGUUAGAAAGAUCAUAGACGAUCACAGCAUGGUUACUGAUCAGGACAAUAAUCAUGGAUACUUUGUUGAUGUUCUUCUUGAUCUUGAGAGAGAGAACAAGAUCACCCGAUCUGAUAUGGUCGCUGUUCUAUGGAAUUCUCUUUCUUGA